AUGCCUCCCGCAAAGCCACAAGCGAAGACAAAGCCUGUUCCCUCGAACUCGCGCGAGCUAGUCACGGUCGGCCCCCGCGAAGUCUUCAAGAAACACGCCGGACGCGAGCGCGAUGCAAACGGAAACAAGCCCCUGACCGCCCGCGCACUCGUUCUGCGGAACGGGAAGCAUGGUGCCAUGGGCACGGGCGAAGUCAUGCUUGCAUCAAAGAUGAGCGGCAGAGAGAAGCUCGAACUCCUAGCGGAGGAUCUUGUGAGACAGGCGAUAGCUGCACCUUUCAAACUCGAAGUUUGCCUCAAGAUUGCGGACUCGCAGCUCAGUGCAUACUUGGAUGAGAUCAACGCUCUCCGUGAUCCUGAGCUCUUCGCCGACCAUAUUAUGGCUGAUGUUGAUGCCCAUACGAGUCCGGCGCAGCUUCAACAACUGAGCAAGCAAGGGCCCUCAAAGCUCAAGGCCCACGUCGUCUCGAUCAUCCACAACACAUACAUGAUGGCCUCGGGUUGGCGCGUCGUCGGAGAUAUCAUCCGCGACCUCGCAGAAGACGGGCUAGACGAUGUCACCAUCAAGUUGCAGCUUAAGACCAGCAAAUCUAUGCGAUCACGCUUCCUUGUGCUGUACGACACCGUCAACGUCCUGGUACAGGCAGGCCAGAAGAAUUUUGGUGUACUCGCGACAACUGCUGAGCAUUACACGCAGUACUUCAAAUUAGUCAAAGACCCGGCAUCUGGCAAGCCCGAGUACUCGUUUGAUUGGGACCAGCUGAAGGCAGUUCACAAGUCAUUCUUGGACUCUAUCAUCGUCGAGCUAUGUCUGCCCGACUCACCGAUACCCAAACAAGUCCUGGUCCAACUUCUCGGAGAGGCAACAGAAGAAUCACCCAAGGAUGCGAAACGUUUCUCACAAGGGUUGUGGGACGCUGUGGGAGACCUUUCGAGUAUCAUCGAGCUGCAGUCCAUGCUGGAUGGCGUGUUCUACGACCCCGACGGCGAGAAGUGGAAGAAGGAAGCACGAAAGAUGCCAGAAUCCUACGAGAGCUGGGUCGACGCGCAGAUAUAUUCUAAGGAAGCGUCCGAGCUAUGGAACAACUACAUCGAUACCGUAUUCCCGCUAGAGAAGACGCGCAAGAAAGAGGUCCUCAAUAAAGUCUGGUCGAUCAUCGACAAGAACUACCAAAGCACGUCAGGCAAGGACGUCGACGACACAUGGGGAGUCAAGGACAUCCGGCACAUCAAGCCCUCGUGGCAUGGUGGUGCUCGCAACCCUGACGACGACGCAAUGGCACUCGUGCCUGCGGGACGGGGCAAACGCGCCGGAGGCAAGGCGAAACCUCUCGCCAUCACUAAUGGGGAUGAAAGCGACGGGUCGAUGCCGUCCUUGCAGACCGUCUCAGAGUCGGAGGAUCCGGAGUCGGAGUAUGAGGAGGACAGUGAGGACGAUCUCUUCCCCGACGAAGACGAUAGCGAUGGCGGCUCGGAGGAAGAGUACGACACGGACGAAGAGGACGACCUACGCGAUCUGCUUCGCGAGGCCAUGGACGCCGCCGUCGCGUCAGGCGACUUCUUCGACCCCAAGGCCCCUGCGCCGGAGUUCGACUCAAUGGCAGAGGAGCGCAAAGGAAACCCAUUCCUGAAGCUGCUGGGGUCCCUGAGAGGACGUAUGUUCCCGGCGAGUCCGGCCGUGACCACCGCGGACAGGGAUGAACCGCGGAAACGAUUUGGGGGCAAGAAGCCCGCCGCUCCUCCUACUGCUGGAGGUGCUCAGGGCAAACCGACCGCUAGCAGCGCACCGCCUCGCGCUCCGCACAAGCCUCUCCAGACUACGGUAGAGGAGGUCGAAGACGACGAGGCCCCCACUACGUCCGCCAAGAAGAAAAAGAAGAAACCGAAGAAGAAGAAAAAGCCCGCAUCUGCCACCCAAGGAACGGACGCUACUCCCGAGACUCCUGCGCCCGCCCCUGUACCCGCUUCGCCAGUGCAACCUCCUGCUCCCGCUCCGGCGACGAAGACCCCUGCGAGCCCCGCCAAGCCCACGCCUGCACCGAAGGCGAAAGCCCCGGCGAAGCCCGCGCCGCCUCGGACUUCUAUCAACAGCUCGACCACGACGCUGAACCAAUUUGGUUCUACGACCUCCUUGCCGCUUCAGCAGGAGCAGACCGCACAGUCCGCGCGCACUUACCUGAAGACCGAGGGCUUAGCAGGGGGUAAGACCAAGGUCAAGACGCGCUCUGCCGCCGGAAAUUUAGGUAACCUCGACGCCGUGCCCGAGCAAAAGAAGAAGCGCCUUUUCAGUCCUUUCUCGAAGAGCAAGGCCCAAAAUGACGACAGUGACUCGGAGGAUGAGGGAAAGAAGAGCAGCUAUUGGACGGGGAAGAUCAAGAAGAAGACGGCGGAGCUUGUGCAUCAGCUCCUACGCACUUCAGCGGACAAGAAGCAAGGCAUUGCGGACAUGCGAUGGGAGAAAUUCGUUCGGAUGAUGACCGACCUCGGAUUCACUUACCACCCUGGAACGGCCGGCUCAAGUGUCCGCUUCGACCCUCCAAACCCGAAGGAUAGGGCGAUCAGUUUCCACAAACCGCAUCCCAACCCGACCAUUCAUCCCAAGAAGCUGAGAGACUUCUCCAAGAAACUCCAGGAAUACUACGGAUGGGAUCCCGAAGAGUUCUUGAAGGCUACCCAAGCGGCCGAGGACAGCGACUAG